CAGUGUGUGCUGACACCACCACACCCCUUCAUUAAAUAAAGUUAUUAGACUGUGUGUCAUCAGUGUCACGGUGGAUCCUUUUGCUCUCCUGCACUCGAGUGACAUACAGCAACACACUGAUAGAAAAUGACAUCAAAUGAAGACUACCAGUCAUUGGUCAGAGGCCUUUCUGAGCUUGACUUCUCAGAAGAUAUUAACUCAUGCAAACUUCUACUAACUGGUGACUGUGCAUUCCCUGUGGUGAUUACUCAAGGAAAAGAUGUGCUCAUUGCAGCUUCCCGAUAUGGAAAGGGUCGAGUGGUGGUUGUUGCCCAUGAGUCCUAUUUAACAAACAAUCAACUCAUGGGCUUCCUGGAGAAUGCAAUAACCUGGCUGAAUCCCUCCCCAGGGGCAGUAAUUGGUUUGCAAAAAGGUUUGGACCCUCUGGCCAAGAUCCUUGCUGCAUCUGGAUUCAAAGUUCAGUCAACAUGUGGCUUGGAGCAAGGUCUGGGGGUUUUGUGUAUUGAUGGCUAUGAAGAUAAACAGGCCAAAGAAAUCAUAACUUUUCUACGGGAGGGUGGUGGUCUAUUGAUUGGAGCUCAGGCCUGGAGUUGGGCUACUAAACACCAAAAUGAAGAUGUUUUGCAUAAUUUUCCUGGAAACAAGAUAAUAUCAGUGUCUGGAAUUUACUUUACUGACAAAGCUGCAGAAAAAGGAAAAUGUUACAUCCGCAAAAAUAUACCCUGGAUUCCAAUUUACACGGAUGUGAACUUCUCACAGGAUUUAAAUCAUCUUCUCCGAGAUGUCUCCCAUUUGGACAUCAGUGGGCAAGCUGUACCCUCAGAGCUACUACUUCAUGGAGCAUUGACAUUUCCGAUUGGGAUAACUGAUAGCAAUCAAUGCUUUAUGGCUGCUGCAAAUUAUGGGAGAGGGCGUAUUGUUGUGGGAACUCAUGAAAGCUACCUGGCUAAGCCAGAACUCAAAACAUUAAUUCUUAAUGCCAUAUCAUGGCUGGAUAUGGGCAAAAAGGGAAUGAUUGGAGUUAAAAAAAACCUGGAUAAGUUUGCAAAACUCCUACAAAAAGAAAAUAUUACUUGUAAGGUAACAGAUCUGAUCCCAGGUCUGAGUGUGUAUUGUUGCAAUUCCUACAGUGACCAUGAGGCCCAACAAAUCCACGAGUUUGUGGCAGAGGGAGGAGGACUCUUGAUUGCUGGUCAUGCUUGGUAUUGGUCUUAUGGAAAGUCACACCAAAAUGUGCUUUCUGAUUACCCAGGAAACAAAAUCCUGAACAGGUUUGGCAUUAGCAUCUUGGAGAAGACUGCAACCCAAGGCAUCUACAAGGCAAUAGAUUCUCAGGCACCUGGGAGCUUCUAUCACUUCCCAAGGGCAUUCUGCCAGCUGCAGAGAGACCUAAAGAACAAGGUGGAGAUACAACCUCCUGUGAAUGGUUGGUUGCAGAAGCUCAGGCAAGAUACGUCCAGUUUCAUGAAGCUGCCACCUUCCCCACUCGUUUCUUCGUUACAGCAAAAGUUUGCAUGCCUCGUGCAAGGAUGUGCACUCCCCAAUGUUAGCAAACAGUGCCCUGUAAAAGGCAAUUCUAAAGAGGCUUUAAUGCUUGGUUUGGCCCAAGAUGUCGGCUGCAUGGGCCUAGCAGAAAGCCAGAAAUGGGAAAAUUUUCCUUUUCAGUACAACCCCCCAAUCACUGUGUCAAUUGAUGGGACAAAUACAGGUGGAGCUGCAUGGAGGAGCACUGGACUUUAUAUAAGGCCUGGAAAAACAGCAGCACUCCACUUUCCAGCAUGUGCCGUGGGGAAAGGACUUGAGGUGCAGGUUGGUUGUCACACGGAUAACCUCGGCUCUGCAGACAAAUUGUGUCGUGCUCCGGUGGUUGUGAAACGAACCUGUGUGCAUGAUGAGAGGAUUCUGAUAUCUUGUGUUUGGGGUGGACUUCUAUACAUCAUUAUGCCAGCAAAGUGCCAGUUGGGAAUGAUAUCAGUUACUGUAUACGGGGCAGAUUUAGCACCAAUCUAUGUAAAAGGCCACACCGGUGUCCAAGCCUGGGUGCAAUAUAUCCGUAACCUGCCAGCUCCAUGGGCUGAGUUAGUUGCAGAGAACAUCAUACUGACAUUGCCUUCAAGCUCAAUCCGUUCACUAGAUGACCCAGAAGCCCUUCUUCAUCAAUGGGACCAAUUUAUGGAAGCGAUAGCUGGGCUUGCAUCGAUUCCUAAAAAAUUCAAUCGUCCCGAAAGAAUAGUAGCAGAUGUGCAGAUAUCAUCUGGAUGGAUGCAUUCAGGUUACCCAAUCAUGUGUCAUUUGGAAUCCGCCAAAGAACUUACAGAUAUUCAGCAUAUGAAGAAGUCUGGCCUUUGGGGGCCUAUACAUGAGCUGGGACAUAAUCAACAGAGAGGGUGUUGGGAGUUCCCACCACAUACCACAGAGGCCACGUGUAACCUGUGGUCUGUGUAUGUUCAUGAAACAGUCCUGGGAAUUCCACGAGAUAAAGCGCAUACUGCUCUCAAGCCACAAUCCAGGGAAGACCGAAUAAAAGCAUAUAUGAAAAAUGGAGCCAACCUGGGGCAGUGGAGUAUGUGGACUGCACUGGAAACGUAUUUGCAGCUACAAGAAGGCUUUGGCUGGGAUCCCUUUAAACGUUUAUUUGCUGAGUACCAGACUAUGUCUGGUCUCAGUAAUGAUAAAACGGAGAAGAUGAACCUUUGGGCAGUGAAGUUCUCUCAGGCUGUAAAUAUGAACUUGGUUCGGUUCUUCAAGGCCUGGGGAUGGCCCAUUAAUGAUAAAACCAACAGCAUAUUAUCUUCUUUGCCUGAGUGGGAGAAUAAUCCCAUGAAAUCUUGAACUGUAUUAAUAAAAGGAAAACAACAAAUAUGCACCUGCAGAACAUCACAGUUAAUGCUAUUCUUGUUCAUUCCUGUUAAGGUUAGAGCUUACAGAUAUGGAAUUUUACGGAAUUCCACCAGCAACAAGAAUUCCCCUGAAUACACUCUGUAAAUAAUAGAUGCUGUGGGUGAAAGCAUGCUAGAAAUAAUGUUUGAGGCCAGUGGAUUUUUAUUUAAACUUAUCCCAGUACGGUGAUGGUUGAUUUUAGCAUAACAGAAGGCUAUGAGAUAUAUUUACAUGCAAAUUGUGAUGCCCUGCUUAGCCUUUGGGGGUGUCUUUUUAAAAUGUAUUAAAAGUAGUUAUGUUUAAAGAGACAAGUAAAUCAUAAAUGCAUCUUUUCACAGCAGGCCUUAUUGGUAAUUUGCAACGUUAUAUAAAAAAUUUCUUAAUGAGGCGUUAUUAGAUAUUGGAUGUUAUUGCCUACAUUAGCUACCAUAUUAAUAGAGAUAUGCAUCAAAAUAAUAAUCAAUUAUUACUUGUGCUAUAUAAAUAAGGUUCUAUUUUCAUUAAAAUUAAUAUAAUAAAAAAUGUCUGACAUCACAGCUGCCUUAUGAUUAACUAAAGAAAAUAAAAAUGGAGACUUGACUCGCAAUAUGUAUGCUUAAUACCAAGAAUAGAUUGGUUUUGUGCACAAUAUAAAAGAGAUAAGAGCCUAUAAUUGUUUUAUGAGAUAUAGAUAUUUUAAGGUUAACGGGUUACUCCAAC